AGGGUGUUCAACAUGAGUCCGGUCCUGCUCAAGGUUUCUGUCUGUCUUCAAGCUCCGCCUCGUCAUGUCCGCUUCCUCUCUGUGUUUUUACGCGCCUGCGCCAGGAUGAGCCACGCCCCUUCAGUCUGCAAGCCAUGUGGCUUUUAAUAGCAAAAAACAAACUACGCUUCGCUUAAACUGUCGUUUUCGGACAUUUCCCCUUUAAACCUUCACGUCUGCACAGCCAAAGCAGCCGCCAUGUCUGCGGGUGGUGCGAACCUACAGGCGCAGGUGGAGUCAGUGCUGGGAGCGCUGGUCAAAGCGGCCACGGUGGAGUUGACCAAACUGUUCGAGAGCAGGUACCGAGCCUCGGCGUUGGAUGGGAGGUCGGGCCCCAUUGAGGACAGAAAGGAAAACGAAACACUGGAGACCCUGAGUGGGUUGUUUACGCAGAAGACUAAACGCAGCAUCGGGGUGCAAGUGGACGAGGACAUCUACGUGCCGCUUUGUGGGCCCACUCUCCUCUCAGAUGGGGAUUGUUUGAAGGACUGCGAGGAGGUGGAGGUGGUGGUGGAGGGAUGCCUCAUUCCCUCAGAAAUCCUCCUGGCUGGAGAUAAUGGACAAGUUGACCCCGAGUGGUCUUUACUGAGAGGACAGAGUGUAGUGGAGAGCGUGGAUAUGGUGGAGCCUAACGAGUCUGAAGCAGAGACAACAGCUGGAAGUGAUCCUCAAACAGACAUAUUAAAUGCCUCUUCAGAGACAUCAACAGAGCCACUGAGACAAGGAGGUUCCCCAACCAAACAGAAGCCUCUCAUCAUUCAGCCAGACAUCAGUGAUGUUGUUUCUGGGGAGAAGGUGAAGUUUGUUUGCCCUCUGAUCCUAAAACCAGAGUCUCCAGCUCCAAAACCAGACAGCUCAGAGCUGCUUGUUCAACCCGAGCCCCAGCCUGCCCAAGUCAGCACCGCCAAGGGCACCGCCUACAGUCCUUCCCCGUUUGAUGGAGCUGUGACUCCUUCUCCUACAAAGGUUUGGGAGAAGAUCCACUCACCAAAGAAAAACAACCUCCACCUGAAACUGAAAGUGACCUCUCCUGAUGAAAAGCUGAAGUGUCCCUGUGAGGUUCAACUUGUGGAUGUGCUCACACUGUCUGAGUCUAAGAUGAAGCUUCAGGAUGAUGUUAAAGGUCAGGAUGCCAAACACAAAACUGACCGCGCUCUGCCUAAAGACCUCCGUCGCCACCAAGGUCUUCACACAGGCCAUCGUAUGUGCUGCUUCACCUCCUGUGGAAAUGGUGUUUGGCGUCUACAGAAGGUGGUCACACACUCCCGCGAUGGAUACAUGUGCAACAUCUGUAAGAAAACGUUCAAGCGGAGGAAGAUUUUGCGUCGACACGAGCGCUUCCACACUGGAGAAAAACCAUACUCCUGCUCCAUAUGUUCGAAAACUUUUGCCCUGAGGAAGAGCCUCCGCCGCCACCUUAGGUUCCACACGGGGGAGAGGCCGCACAUCUGCACACAGUGCAACAAAAGCUUCCGUCUGCGAGACAACCUGAAAGCACACCUGAGGUUUCACACAGGAGAAAAGCCGUUCAGCUGCUCCACCUGUGGAAAGAUGUUCAGGAUCAUGAAGAACCUGGAGAAACACAAGUGUGACUUUGCCUUUGUUCCUUCUUUCAGGACGAUCGCCGGCUUGUAGCUGUGGGAGAAGUGGCUUGUUGUGGUGGUUAACACCAUUCUCUACCUCAAACUGAAAACACUUGUAGAAGUGACUUUUGUGCAAAGUUAAGAAAAGUAAACUUAGAGCCAAUAGAGAUUGAGAUUUUAUCCUGCUCAACCAUAUCAUCUGAUCAUUCCUCAAAUGUUAUAAAAAGGCUCUCAUAAUGGGGCUUUCACUGAGACAGGGGCAUUUUUAUGCAAACAUCUAUUCUUGAUGAAUGUGAUUUUUAUAAAUACAUUUUCUUAUGUUUGUGGACAGAUAUAGUGAGAGGUGCAGUGAGCAAAGCUGUGUAACUUCUCAACACUUUGUAGCAUUAAACCCUCUGAGAAACAAAAACUCAGCCUGUCAGGAAUCCCCUACACCUGGCACUGCUAACCCGCUAUACUACAUAUAUUUUAAAGUUCUCUCUCCCAAAGCCUUUUCUGUCUUGUGAAUGGUUUUUGCAUGUAUCAGUAAAAUACAUUGAUUUACACUAAUAAAGAUUUAGGUAAUACAUUAUUUUUUAUGAUUACAUGUCCCCAACUGCCAACCUUUUCUGUUUCAAAGUGAUGUUUAAAGUACUUCCUUAAUGUGUGUUUUUAUCUUUGUUUUAUAAACCUUUUUUUUUUCUACUUUACAUUUAUCACUUUUAAAGGUGUUUUGUUUUCAGCUUGUGAUGUUUGAAUGUAUAAUGACUACUAUGUUCCCUAAACCUAGAUGUCUAAAAAUUAUCUGUGCUGACUGAUAGAAAAAAAAUCUGGUUCUAGUGAAAAAGCUUUUUUUAAGGAGACUCUUACCGUGAUUGUAAAACAUAUCGACUUUUUUUGUCUUAGUAAAAUGUUUUUAUACUUAAUAAAUAUACUCUACAUUAACAA